GCCGAGGAGCAUUGCCACAGGAAGCCACUGCACCGCGCUCUUGCUGCCGUGUAGCCCGCAGGAGCUGCCUGCGCCCCGCGCUCAUGAGGCGGGCCCGGGAGCCGCACCGCCUGCAGCCCCGGGCGGCGCGGUGAGGGCCGCACCCCACCAAGCAACAUGGAACUGAACGCGGGAGGUGUGAUUGCCUACAUCAGUUCCUCCAGCUCUGCCUCCAGCCCUGCCUCUUGUCACAGCGAGGGUUCUGAGCACAGUUUCCAGUCCUCGUCCUCAUCAGUUCCAUCUUCUCCAAAUAGCUCUAACUCCGAUGCCAACGGCAAUCCCAAGAACAGUGACAUCUCCACCAUCGAUGGUGUCUUGAAGAGUGACCGCACAGACUGUCCUGUGAAAGCAGGCAAACUCGGUGCUCCUGGCAUGACCAAGAGUCAUAGCAGCAUGACAAAAUUUAGUGGCAUGGUUCUGCUAUGUAAAGUCUGUGGGGAUGUGGCGUCAGGAUUCCACUAUGGAGUUCAUGCCUGUGAAGGCUGUAAGGGUUUCUUUCGGAGGAGCAUUCAGCAAAACAUCCAGUACAAGAAGUGUCUGAAGAACGAGAACUGUUCCAUCAUGAGGAUGAACAGGAACCGAUGCCAGCAGUGUCGCUUCAAGAAGUGCCUGUCAGUGGGAAUGUCCAGAGAUGCUGUUCGAUUUGGCCGGAUCCCUAAGCGUGAAAAACAGAGAAUGCUGAUUGAAAUGCAGAGUGCAAUGAAGACCAUGAUGAACUCCCAGUUCAGUGGCCACCUGCAGAACGACACCUUAGCCGAGCAUCAGGACCAGUCAGCGUUCCCAGCCCAGGAACAGCUGCGGCCCAAGCCCCAGCUGGAGCAGGAAAGCAUCAAGAGCCCGCCUCCUUCCUCGUCUGAUUUUGCAAAGGAGGAAGUGAUUGGCAUGGUGACCAGAGCCCACAAGGACACUUUUCUGUAUAAUCAAGAGUGCCGAGAAAACUCAUCUGAGAGUAUACCAUCCCAGAGAAGAGAACCGAUCCCCAGGAAUGUGGAGCAGUAUAACUUAAAUCAUGACCAUUGUGGCAGUGGCCUUCACAGCCACUUUCCCUGUAGCGAGAGCCAGCAGCACCUCAGUGGACAAUACAAAGGGAGGAACAUAAUGCAUUACCCAAACGGGCAUGCCGUUUGUAUUGCAAAUGGACACUGUGUGAACUUCUCCAGUGCUUAUUCUCAAAGAAUCUGUGAUAGAGUUCCAGUAGAUGGAUGUUCUCAGAGUGAGAACAGGAAUAGUUACCUGUGCAACACUGGAGGGAGGAUGCAUCUGGUUUGUCCUAUGAGCAAGUCUCCAUAUGUGGAUCCUCAGAAGUCUGGGCAUGAAAUAUGGGAAGAAUUUUCCAUGAGUUUUACCCCUGCGGUAAAAGAAGUGGUGGAAUUCGCCAAGCGUAUCCCUGGGUUCCGAGAUCUGUCUCAGCAUGACCAGGUCAACCUUUUAAAAGCUGGGACUUUCGAGGUUUUAAUGGUACGGUUCGCUUCACUGUUUGAUGCGAAGGAGCGGACUGUCACCUUCCUAAGUGGGAAGAAGUACAGCGUGGACGACCUGCACUCAAUGGGAGCAGGGGAUCUGCUCAGCUCCAUGUCAGAGUUCAGCGAGAAGCUGAACGCCCUCCAGCUCAGUGAUGAGGAAAUGGGCUUGUUCACAGCAGUGGUUCUAGUGUCUGCAGAUCGGUCUGGAAUUGAAAAUGUCAACUCAGUGGAGGCUUUGCAGGAAACACUCAUCCGUGCACUAAGGACCUUAAUAAUGAAAAACCAUCCAAACGAGGCCUCCAUUUUUACAAAAUUACUUCUAAAGUUACCAGAUCUUCGAUCUUUAAACAACAUGCACUCUGAGGAGCUCUUGGCCUUUAAAGUUCACCCUUAAGGCCUUUGCACACGAACUGAUGCUAACUGUACAUUUUAUGCUGAGAUGCUUAUUUAUAUGUGUAUACCAUAUGUGGAAGGAGAAGAGACCUUAGACAGUGCCAGGCCCUGCGCUGUCUGUGUAGUCAGUCAUCAGUAGCUGUUUGGAUGAGAACUCAUUGCCCUGUUAGACAUUGGCCCUCCCUCCCCUGUAGACCAAUCAGCUGUGUUACACAUAGACUGGAGAAGUUACACUGAAUUAUAAUCACACUGAAUGUUAGACUGUUUUCAUCUGCCAAAGCCAAAAUCCCAUUUGAUCUCCCUGUGGUAUAAGUCUAACACAAGCACGUUGCAGCCAGGAGGACUUAGACGUUAACCCUUUGUGCUGGGAAUCCUGCUGUACCACAAGACUGAGAUGUGGUAAAGGCGACCUGAGAGCCAAGAGGUUUUAUGUGCUUGGAUUUUGCUCUACCACUGUCACAGUGCAUGGUCCUGGCAGUCCCUUGGUUGUUGAAAAGAUAAUUGAUAGUGUCCCCAAUACCCUGCCUCACAGAGAUACUGAAAAAUGUCCAUAAAGCAUCUUUACCUCUUGGGAGAUAGGCACUAUGUAAAUAAGGUGAAGUUUUUAUUAUAAUUGCUUAUAAUAAUAAUAUUGUCUUAUUUCUAAGCAUUUCUGGGAAACUGUUUGACAGUCCACACCAAUCUGUUAAAGGUUCCUGCUCAAGUAGGGUACCCUACUUACUGAUAAACACAUAUUCCAGGUUUAUAGACACCUCAGAUAGUAUGUGUACAUAGUGUGUAUGUGAAUAUAAUUAUAUAUAAAAUCUUGCUUCACAAUAUUUUAAACUGUGAAGAACUUUAUCAUACAAUAAACUUAAACAAGAGGUGUCAAGGACCCAAAUUAGGUGCAUUUUACCUGCUACUGCUGCUGCUGUGUAACCAUUGCUUUACGAUGUUUAGAUGGUAGAAUACUGAAGUUAAUGCUCUAUUUUUGUUUAAGCAACAUUUAAUGUACAAGUGUGAUGGACAGUCAAAUCCAGAUUUCAGAAAAACCUAUGUAUUUUAGAAUACAUCUUUGAUAAACUCUGCAGCUGAAGGUAAUAGAUGUUCAGAGUUUCAGCUUCCUGUCUUGUGCUAAGGAAGGUGGUGGGGCUGCCCCUUACCUGCUGCAGGUGAUUGGCAGAUUUGGAUUCUAUGUGGAGGAUGAACUUUUGUUUAGAGAAACCUUGUUACCCUGUUGGCAUGUCUGUGCCAAGUCCACUUUUCUUUCUUUCCCUAAAUCACACUACAGGGAUUUUUUUUCAAAUUAGAGCUAAUAUAAUUUGAAAAACCUUUUAGUGGGUGACCUACCUACAGGUUUAGAGAUUGUGGUAGGAGAGAUAGCCAAAGUUGAAGAUUUAUGAACAUCCCCCUACUU